UUUGUGUGGUUAACAAUAAUUUAGAGGACUCUACUUCAUUCAGAGUAAAUUAAUAUGCUUAAUUUGCUUUGGAUGAAAUAUGGUAAACAUCUCUCAGGAAGCAUACAUUUCUCAGUAUUUGUAGUAGUGUGGAUAGAUCUACAAGGAAAUAUGGGAUAUACAAUAUAGGACCAAAUUAUUUUUUUUCACAUCCAGCCUAUGUGCAAAAUUUGUUCAGUUUGUUCACUGCAUGAUUUUUUUUAAAGCAUUCUAGAUUUGUGCCUGAUGCUUGCAUCCAGUGGUAUAAUUCCACCAGUUUCAGAAGAGAAACUGCUUGUGCAAUGGAGUGUUGAAGUCCCUACUCCAUAGCCCUGAAACCUGUUCUGACAUGUUGAGGGACUCACCACAGCAGAUUUUAGGAAAUGUGUGGGGGGAGAGUGGGGAAGCUCCAUAGCCUGACAGACUAUAGUUUACACAAGAGAUUGAAGCCUGACUUUGGAUUUUACAUAAAUAUAUUAUGGGAUAUAAGCAAUACUCAAUUGAAAGUUCACUAAAUUAAUUUUAUAAUUAAGAAGCAGAUUUAAUAAGAGUUGAGGAAACCAUAUAUUUUGCGCACACACAAAAAAAUCCUAUGGGGAACCAUGACUUUUCAAUUAAGGGAUCCUAAUGCCUCUGGAGGUGGAAAUAACCUUACAAUUUCACUCUAAUGCAAGGAAGCAUAAUAUAUCCUUCCUUUGAAAAUGCUAGAGCUCCGUCAGUUAAUGAAUGUUUCCGUAGAGAAUUUAUAUACUUUCUUUGUGAAAGAUGUACUUGUCAUUUCAUAUUGGGAAUUGCACCUAACCUAGUAAGGGCACAAUCCUGUGGCCUUCUGACAUUAGCAUAGGAUUAUGUGGAAGCCUGGCUCCACUGCACCUUUCACAGCCUGUAUGGAAAGAAUUGAGCUGGCUACCUCUGCAAGGCUGGAAAUCAGCCCCCAGAAAGAGGAAAAUGGGCAUGCUGGGUGGGGGAGGGGGGUUAGGGCCAGCAGCUUAUUACAUAUCCAGGUAGUGCCAUAGGCUCAUCCCUCCCUGUCCACUGUGCUUCAUAUUCAGACUUGUUUGUUUUGGGUAAUUACUACAUGUAUCUGGACGGCUUACAAGAUGAAAUGCAGGGUGCACUGGCAACACAAUGUAUGGCAACACAAAUUGCUGCAGUGCUUUAAGUGGAUGCACAUGAGCCUCCCCAUUUCAGAGACUUUGCAAGCACAGAGGGCAUAUGAGAGUAGGAAAUUAUUGUCAAAGUAACCUUCCAGACAAUCUUGAAAAGUCAACAUCUGUGUACUAACUUAAAUUAGUAAAUGAUUAAAUUUAAGUAAAUGACUUGAGUUUAAUGAAUGUUGCAAAUCCCUGAUAGAAAGGGAACUGGCAGUCUGAGCCCUCUGGUCUUCUGAUCUGGUCCAUUCCAUAUCCCAAAAAGCAAACUCUUUCCACACUUCAGUAUAUGCAGACAAUGUGUUUGAGAGCCUAAGAGCUUGACCAGUUUCAAUGACACUCAAAAUUCUUACUGCUCUUCAGCAACUUUGUCUUGAUCAAGAACAUGAGUAGUGAGGUGUGUAAUUUAGCACUCUGCUAUGUACAGAUCAGUAGGAAGAUCUAAUGCUGGCUGUAUACCAGCUUUCCCAGUCUGAUGCCCUACAGGUGCUUUGGAUGACUGACUGGGAUUCAAGCACCUGGAGGGCACCAGGUUGAGUGAGACUGCCCUAUACUUUUAAUAAUUGAAAUGACAGCUCCUGUGAAAUUAGUUUACUGAUCACAGCAACAGAGAGUGUAUCAAAGCCCAAAUUUUCUUGCAGUAGGUGUUCCUGUUUACCAAGUAAGGUCAAUGGCCAAGCAGGAACUAGAAUCCAGCUCGUCUGAGUCCCAGUCCCAUGCUCUUAACCGCUACACCACAUUGGCACCCUUGUGCGUAUAUUCUUUAACAAUUGGUGUACAUACUGGUGUACCAUACUACCAGAGGCAUACUACUUCUGAUACUGAAGACAGAAAAUAGUCAUCAGGUCCAAUACCCAGACAGAGCUUUAUCAUCCAUGGCUUUGUUAAAUCCCACUUUACAGCUAUCCAAAUGGGUGGCUGCCACUAUAACCUUAUAGUGAAUUUCUUGGUUCAUGUGCAGUGUAAAAAAAUACUUUUAUUUGUCCAGAAUCUCCCACCAGUCAGGAGCAUGAGAGGACCCCAGAGUCUAGCAGUAUAAAGAAGCUUCAAAUAUAUUUUCCUGGUAAUCCGAUACUCUUUGAAGAGCUGUUGCAAUAAACUGUACUACCAGAGGACUGGUCAAUCUCUCUUUUCUCUUUCUGUAUUUACACAGCCUCUCCUCCUCUCCUCCCCCAACCUAACUUUGUUUUCCCAUCAUACUUUGCACUCCCCAGUAGCUGCUGUAGGAACCAUGGCAAGACGGGAGAAGGUGGUUCAUUUGCUGACACAACUGCAGCAGGCAUCAUGUAUGUGCCCUGCUCACUCCCACACUUAUUCUCAAGGUACUGAACGUGCUGCUUUGAGGAAAACAGACUAUGCCUUUGAGAUGGCUGUUUCCAGCAUCCGUUAUGGAAAGGGAGUUACGAAAGAAGUGGGCAUGGAUCUGCAAAACUUGGGUGCUAGAAAGGUUUGUGUGAUGACAGAUAAGAACCUUUCUCAGCUCCCUCCCAUGAAAGCAGUAUUGGAUUCCCUAACAACAAAUAAUAUAAACUUCCACAUCUAUGACAAUGUAAGAGUGGAGCCAACAGACCAAAGUUUCAUGGAUGCCAUCGAGUUUGCUAAAAAGGGGGAGUUUGAUGCCUAUGUUGCCAUAGGUGGAGGUUCAGUCAUAGACACCUGCAAAACUGCCAAUCUCUACACAUCUAGUCCAGAGUCAGAAUUCUUAGAUCAUGUCAAUGCUCCCAUUGGAAAAGGCAAGCCUAUUAAAGUUACUCUCAAGCCUCUGAUUGCAGUUCCUACAACUUCUGGAACUGGAAGUGAAACCACUGGAGUUGCUAUUUUUGAUUAUAAAGAUCUAAAAGUAAAAACAGGUAUUGCUUCUAGAGCCAUUAAGCCCACUUUGGGCAUAAUUGACCCUUUACAUACUCUCCAUAUGCCUGAGCGGGUGACAGCUAAUAGUGGCUUUGAUGUGCUUUGCCAUGCACUUGAAUCGUACACUGCUCUUCCCUACCAUCAGCGCAGCCCAUGCCCUUCAAAUCCAAUAAACAGGCCAGCUUACCAAGGAAGUAACCCUAUCAGUGACAUCUGGGCCAUCCAUGCCUUACGGAUUGUUGCCAAAUAUUUAAAGAGAGCCAUCAAGAGCCCAGAUGAUCAGGAAGCAAGGGCUAAUAUGCAUCUAGCAAGUUCUUUUGCUGGUAUUGGGUUUGGAAAUGCUGGUGUUCAUCUUUGCCAUGGCAUGUCUUAUCCUAUUUCUGGUUUGGUGAAGAAUUAUAAAGCAAAGGAUUAUCAUGUGGAUCAUUCUUUAGUGCCACAUGGUCUUUCUGUUGUCCUCACAUCCCCAGCAGUGUUCACUUUCACAGCACCAAUGUGCCCUGAGCGUCACCUGGAGGCUGCCCAGAUAAUGGGAGCCGACAUCAGUAUGGCCAAAAGAAAAGAUGCGGGGUUUAUUUUGGCAGACGUUCUCCGGAAAUUUUUGUUUGAUCUGAAUGUUGAUGAUGGCUUAGCUGCUCUUGGUUAUUCUAAAGAUGAUAUCCCUGCCUUAGUCAAAGGCACCCUACCUCAGGAAAGAGUGACUAAGUUAUCUCCACGUCCCCAAACUGAAGAGGAGUUAUUUGCCUUGUUUGAAGCUUCCAUGAAACUGUAUUAGUGUUUGGACUUUAAAAAAAAACACUUUCUUAAUAAUGUUUAAACUUUAUUCAAUGGAUAUGAAGCAACUCAAAACAUUAAAUAUAUUAUUUUCCCUAUUCAGAAUUUUAGAAAGCACUUUUCAUUUCUGCAUAUCAUUGCAAUCUGAAAUGUUUAUGUUACUUUUAUUUAUGAUCACUGAAAGUAAUUUGUGAUGCUUUUACCUUCUGAUAACAGUACAGUAAUUAACUUCCUAGCUUGACAUUUCAUUAUGUUUUUAUCAAGUGGGUCAAACAUUAUAGAUGCAAGAAUAAAACUUUACAAGUUUGGAAA